CCUGCGGUUCAUACUGUGACACGCAUCUAGGCAGUAAUUAGAAGUGAGAUCCCCGAAGGCCAAGCAACCAAAUAUACAUCGACGGGGAGCACCAGCGUUGGAAGAGUGCGUAUCCUUCUCCGCUCGCCAUGGCUAUGAUCUCUAGGAACACCGCCUCACGCCUUCCUAUCAUCCUCUCCCAGCACCGUGGAGCUGCCCUCUCUCUCCACACCACCGUCCCCUCCCUCUCCCCGGAGGCAGCGCCACCCACUCCUUAUGCCAGCCCACCGCCCCCUUCCACCACUUCCCCUGCCGGCAUUUCCAAGGCAGCGGAGUUCGUGAUUUCCAAGGUCGAUGAUCUUAUGAACUGGGCUCGCCGCGGCUCCAUCUGGCCCAUGACUUUCGGCCUAGCUUGCUGUGCCGUUGAAAUGAUGCAUACCGGUGCUGCUCGCUACGAUCUGGACCGCUUUGGUAUCAUUUUCAGGCCCAGUCCUCGCCAAUCUGAUUGUAUGAUUGUCGCUGGUACCCUCACCAACAAGAUGGCCCCUGCUCUUCGCAAGGUUUAUGAUCAAAUGCCUGAGCCAAGGUGGGUCAUCUCCAUGGGCAGUUGUGCAAAUGGUGGGGGAUAUUAUCACUACUCAUACUCUGUUGUCCGAGGCUGUGACAGGAUUGUCCCUGUAGACAUUUAUGUUCCAGGAUGCCCUCCCACUGCGGAGGCCUUGCUGUAUGGGCUACUCCAGCUGCAGAAAAAGAUCAACAGACGCAAGGAUUUACUCCAUUGGUGGACCAAAUGAGUGCUUUUUAAUUUGUUACUUGCAGAGUUCGCAACAUCUUUAUGAUCUAAAUAAAUACAAUUAUGUAUCUGUCUGCUGCUUAAGUGCUGUGUGGAUAGAGACUCUUUCUGUUUUUCAUUUCUAAAUCCGAAUCCUUUUUGGUAUUUACUAAAGCCUUUUGCCUUUUGCCUUUUGGUGGCUGCAAAUCCUGAAAAACUUAUUAUAACUUGGACGUGUAUGAACUGCCUUCAUUA